GAUGGAGUGACGUCCAAGUGAGCUUAGGUUUCAAAAGAGUUUCAAUAUGCCAAAUGGAUAAUUUUACCUGACUGCACUAUUGAAAGCAAAAUACAGUAUUCGACUUUGACCCUGUAACUUUUGCUAUGCCAACGUCUUAAUUGCUCCAAUGCACCGUUCAGCCAACCAUUUACCCCAUGAAUUGCUAAUCGGCAUUUUCUUGCAAUUGGGUCGAAAGGACCAGUUUAACUGCAUGUUCGUGAACCAGAAUUGGUACCAUGUCGUUUGCUCUUACAUUAUAUACCCACAUAUCACACUACUACGAGAGAAAGAUAUGGCCAGCCUCAUGACACUAUUGGAACAAACAGCUCUAAAUCGUCAAGAUCCUAACCGCCGGAGCUUCUAUUCGCGUACGGAUUAUGGCUCCCUUAUCAGACGACUGGAUUUACCAUGGACUAAACACUCACAGAUCCAAUUGAGUACAUCGAAACUGAGGCGGCUAGUAAUACGAUGCAAAAAUAUUGAGGCUAUUUCCUUGAAUGACCAUUGGAAUCUAUCGGAUGAGCAAUUGAUAGAAGUCUUCAGGCACUGCCCUAAGAUAACGCAUUUGAAUUUAGGCGGUGCAUUUUACACUACCAUCAAUGCUUUCCUUCGAAAAGACACCAAGCAUGUAUGCCAUCAAAUCAAAUCUCUGGAUGUUCGGUACACUCUGGAUUUCUGGGCGUCUAACAGAGAUGUAUGGCUUCCAUCUCUUUUGGAUUUAAGAGUUGACGUGGGGAGAGAAGACGACUUCAUCCGAUUACAAGACAUAUUGUCCCACUGCAAAGAUACGCUACGAACACUUGUCAUCAACGUUAAGUCGACAGAUCAUGGACAUGGGUUUGCUUAUCUCAGCCAUGCAUUGAGAGAAAUGGAGAACCUGAAUAAAUUGGCCAUCAGCUUCAUAGGACGGCCGAGAGUCACCACAACCUUUGAAUUAGGAGCGCAAAUGCACGAUUUUGAAAUAUCUGGCCAUUGUCCACCCGAUGUCCUCAGCUCGCUUUUGUCAACGACCCACCUCAAGCGACUGGUACUUUGGAACAGUCGGAUAUCGAACCGUGAUAUCAAUGCUAUUGUGUACAAAAAUCGAGCCACCUUAGAGACUUUUUUUCACACCGAUACAUCUGUGCCAUCGCCUCAAUUUGCUGAUAUCAAAUCUCCUAUUGACCUGUCCGUACUAUCUAAACUAAAAUGUGUCCUGGCCACUGUAUCACAUCAUCCCAGUACUGGGACCUGGCUAUGCGACACAUAUCGCCACCAACUUGAACAUUUGUAUAUAGCAUGGGAUGGGGAUGACGAACCAUCCACCACGAAUUGGUUCUCACGACUGGCAGCAUCUUCCUGGCCCAAAGUGAAGUGUGUCAUCCUUUCCAACAAAGUUCGAUUAUCAGAAGAUGAGGCUUGUCGAUUUCUUGACAUAUUCGAAGAUCUAGAGUAUACAUAUUUCCUGUUAACGGAAACAGAAAAUUUGGAGGGCAAAUUUUUGGACCGACUAACGCAAUUGCCCUAUCUCAAAGGCGCUGGUGGAUUCUCGUCACAAAUGCUACCUGCAGAUACCUUGAGUCGCUCAUUGAAGCAGCGCUUGGAGUAUUUGGAGAUAGCUUAUGGGGAAUGGGCGAAAGGAUCACAACUACUGGGGAAUAAUGAAUACCCUAUACAGAGCUCUUUCUAUUCUUUGCCAGGAAAUUUAAACUGAAUGUAGCUGUUCGCAAAGUAACGCAUAUAGGCAUUUUUGAGAGGAGGCUGAGUGUCACGCCAGCUGUUCAUGAUACCCAAUAGAUCUUAACAUCAGUCUAUGACUAUGGAGUCAAUAUGUACAGACGGUGUCUUAAACAAUAAAAGGCAGUUCUUUUGUCCCCAUGUCAAAA